CCUUCCUUCCAGCCAAGAACGGAGCCUUUCCCGGGAAGUGAAGCCGGGAGCCUGCAAAAGCCAAGGGACCAAAGCCUUCCAAGGUCUCCCGUGGAAGGAUGUAAUGAGUCCUGCCCGCGUAGCCUCCGCGGAGCCUCUCCUGCAGCCAGGAUGGACAUAGGAGCUGUUCAAGAGGCGGAGAUGCCUCCCGGCCCCUGGAGAAGAAAAGAGAAUCUAAAGGAUGGGGAAUCUUUAGGCUGAGGAGCUGAAGGAAACAGGCUCUUGCUAAUGACAUCAUGGGAGAAACCCAGCAUGCUUAUGCCACCCGUGAUGUUGAGACUGGUGCCCAGGACAAAGUUCUCAGCUUUGAGCCGUUCAGCAAGAAAGAUCCGGGUGAAGUUGAAAACAGGCUGCUCGACAGCUCCAAGUCAGAAGGUCAGAGUGGGAGCCAUAAUGGGACUGACUUGGUCAGCAACAAGGAGAAGGAGCCUCACAGUCAACGGGAAGCUGUGAUCCGCCCCCAGAAAGCAGGCAAAAUAGACUUCAAGUCCCUCAACAACCGCACCAGGUUUCCUGGGGCCGGCCCAUGGGGUGCUGCCAAAGGGAACCCCCUGUCUCCCCCUGGAAGGAGCCGGGCAAGAGAUAAGAGCAGCAGGCGGGCAGGGAGGAGCGAGCGGGGCCAUCAGCAACUCUACCGGCUCACCAUCAGCAAUGCCAGGCCCAACCCCACCAUUGGCAUUGCUUAUCCCCAGCAGAAAAUCACACCACCCAAAAAGGUUGAAGCUGACCGAGGACCGGUCUUGGGGAGCUACAGGUUCCACGUGCCCUGCCUCCCCGAAAGAGAUCUGAAGCUCCCUGAAGAAGAGCUGAGCUUUGCCCGCUGUUUUUCAGAGGCUCCCACCAGCCACAUCUCCAGCAACUAUACCUCACAAGCCACCACUGCAUGUUCAAACCAUGGUUCAAAGAUACAACCACUGGUUAGUGUUCUUCCUAAAAAUCCUGGCACCAAAGGGCAGCUCCCUUACCUGGAGUUCCAAGCGAAUGGAAGUAACUUGUGGCCUUCACCAGAGAAAGGCUACCCUGGUGCUAAUAAUGGACUCUCCAAGCCGAGCCCGCAUUGCCUAGGACCUCUGUCCUUCCAGUACCCCUUCUCCCCCUUGCCUAGCUCGGCCUCAGAUCCAUUCCAAGGUGAGGCUGACCCCCAAGACUAUGUUGACAACAUCUUGUUGGCCACCAGUCAGGCUUCUCAUGGUGCUUUUGCCUUCCAUUCUUCCUCCCGGGACUGGAAGGAGGAAGUUCUUGGCAACGGCUCCUAUGACAAUGUGGAGAGCAGGACUUACGGGCUGACUCCUCCCCCUGCUCCAUUCCACCUGCCACAGACGCCGGGACACUUGCCAUGCUACAAAGGAAGGAAUGGACCUUCCACUGACCACAACGGUGCUAUCUCUCCUUCUGGUGCUAUUGACCAAGUUCCAAGCACUUUCCAAGAAAACCAAGCUGUUUUCCCUCCCAGUUUACAUGCCUCGAGUACGCCAAAGGCCGUGGUUAAGAGGCAUUCGUCUUUGUCGAAAGACGGCGUAGCUAGUCAAAGGAUACUGGAUGUAGGCAGCUCUCUACGAAGGAACGGGCUACCAGUUACUCUCCCGCAAGUGCACUUUCAAAACAAGGCUUUCAACGAAGCGUCGAGCUUGGUGCCUUUUGAGAAGAGCCUUCCCAGCAGCAUGCAGGCCCACCCCCGGCUCCUGCAGGCCUGGGAAGGGGGCAAAAAGACUUAUUCCCCCAUGGAGCCAAGCUCAGCGGGGUGUCCCAGUCCAGAGGGCAGCCAGAUCUCCUUUGGGUACCAUUCGGGUCUUGGCAAAAAGGCCUGGCAGCAUCUGCCUCUCACCUGUGGGGUCCCUGGCCAGAAUAGACUCGAGCUGUCCAGAAAGUUGGCCAGCCAGAAGCCUCUUUUCCCCCUCAGCACCUCAGAGUGGGAGGGAAGCAAGAAACUGCCCCAAAGCCCCACCAGCUAUCCCAGUAAAGCUCUGGUGGCUGAGGACCUGUCCCCUCAGAGCUGUAGCUCAGCCAGCAGCAUCUGUUUCGAAGGCUCAACGGAAGGGGAGACAUCCAAGAGCAAGACUUUCUUCCUCAGCGUAAGCCCAGCACGGCCUCCCAUCCCGUCUCACCACCCACCCAGUCCCAGUUUAGGAUUGCCACCAUCUACCUUAACUCCGUCUCCAAAGGGAUCUCCUCUCCCUUCCCCCACCCCCAACCUCAACAGCAGCUGUUCCUCUCCCUCCCUCACAUCCAGCAGCCCUCCAGGCCACAGCUUUGAAGAUGAAGCUGCCUUGGCUGCCUCCACCUUCUUCCACCACCAAGGCCACCACCCAAAGGACGGCAGUAAAACUUUCCAGGCCUCAGAGCUGCUGGGGGCCAGCUCAGUCCCCUACCAGAUGGCCAGCCCCAUCAAGGCCUUUCACCAGGAACUCCUCUAUAAAGGUGUCUCCGUGGACAGCCAUUUCCCAAAAUCCAAUGUGGAGACUUCCAAAAGGUUCCCAGAGGGUUUUGAGAGUGAACUGCCUCCACCACCUUACCCAUAUUCCUCCUCCCGUCAUUUCCUGGCCAGCUCACUGAGCAGCACAAGUCUUGACCAGCUGGAUGUUUUCCUGACUUGCAAGCAGUGUGAUCAGAACUUCAGCAACCUUUCCUCUUUCUUGGAGCACCGUCAGUUCUGUGGCUCUCAUGUGGUCCUCCAAGGUCAGGCCAAGGAUUCUUCCCGAGGAGCAGAAGUCAAGAAGCAACAUCAUGCCUCUCCUGAGUCUGCAAAGCACACUCAGACUAGUCUGGGGGUGCUCCUUCCUCCAGAUCCUCAUUUGCAACUGCUUGCUUUGAACAAGACUAUGGACUUCCUGGUGGACAUAGAGGGUAAAGGUGAAUCCAAAGAUGAUCCUCUGAAACUGAACCAGCUCAAUGGCUUUCCCGGAAAUUUCUUGCCACUCAACACUUCUGACUUGGAGAUUGAUGAUGCUAAGCUAGACAGUUUGAUCACUGAAGCUCUGAAUGGACUGGGAUACCAGUCGGAUAACCCUGAGAUUGACAGCAGCUUCAUAGAUGUGUUUGCUGAUGAAGACCUGGUAUCUGUGAAGGCCACUAAUGCUGGUGGGACUCCUUUCAAAGCAAAAGAGAACUUGACUUUAGGGAAGAAAGCCAAACAUGUAGGCAUGGAUGAAAGUGUGAAAAUGCUCAACCAUCCUAGUGGGGAGCUGGCCAAAAGUAGAACAUCAAAGCAACCUAAAGAGAGAGGAACAAACUGGCUUUCAGACUUUGGAGAAGAAAGACAUGAAACAUUCAAGAGCAGAGAAUUGCCUCUAAAUAAAGCCCUGGAGCCAACAAUAUUUGGGGCAGCAGAAGAUGACACAAAUGACCAACAGAAAGCAGAGAAGAACAGCCGUGGUCCUUUUCUGCCUAUGAAGCAGGGGAGCCAAACUAUGUCAGAUUUGAGGCAGACCAAGAACCUUCCCUGUGCUUCUCCAAGAAAUGAACUCAAGCCUGAUGGUACUCACAGCUUGGCAGAAAGUACCACGCUGUCCAAGAAAGAAGUCAAGAAGAGGAAGCUGCGGAGUGGCAGUUGGAGCAAGGAGCUUAUCCAUAAAAUUGUCCAGCAAAAAAACAAAUUCCAUAAAUUGCACAGCCAGAAUAGCAAAGCGGUGUCACUUUCCUUGCUCACCAACCGGUUACUUCCAGAAGCAAAGGACAAUAAAUUUUGUGAGUAUGAAUACAUGUCAGAAUCAGAUGAAGAGAGGGUGGAAUAUGCCAAGCGACACUGCAGGAGAAAGCUGGGCUCCAGAUUCAGCAGACAGCUCAGAAGCAGUUUGAACAGAAGGAACCAAGGAAGAGGAGGAAGGGAGAAGGGGACGGAUCCAAUAUGGAGGUAUGGUCCCAGAAGAGGACAGGAGGAACCCAAAAGACUUGCAAACAAGGAGCUGGAAAGGACAGAUGGUCCUGUAGCAAGAGUGAGGAGGAGAAGCAGUCGGUCCUCCACAAGCAGUUGCCAGAGUCUGAGCAUGUCCAGUGAGACCAGCAACAGCCCCCAGAGCACUGAGAGGGGGGAUUCAGACACUGAAAAAGAAACUGAACAGAGGAAACAGCUCCUGCAAAUUUCCAGAUGUGUUGGACCACUUAAUAUUCCUGAGAAUGAAACCAUAAGAAGAAGCCACAGUAUAGGCUCCGACUUUCCUGGAACGCCAAGUACGGUUGACCCAGUUCAAACUCAGCCAGUAGAUAACCAGAAAUUUCAGACAGACAAUCCAAGCAUUCCCCAGGACACUGCCCUGAAUCAAGAUGAAGGUGUGCUACAGAGCAGAGAAAAGCCACAUCACCCUGAGGCCACAGCUGGAAAAGGUCCCACCGUGGUUCUUUCUCCUGAAGGUUCUGACCAAUGCCAUGGAGCCUUCUGUUGUGACAUUGAAAAGCCAAGGGUGAUGCCAAAAGAUGCAGAUGGGGCAGGAGGCCAUCACUGCCCUCGAUACGCUGCUAAUAAAGGAGGGCUCUUGAAAAACCCAGUGGAAGAACUCACUGGUUCUCCUUCUGUAGGCAAGCACAGCAUUCCCAGUGAGAAGAGCACCAGCUAUGAACAAAUGGACCUCAAGGACCUGAAGAACCAGCAGGAACUCAUUAUGCCAAUCAGCUGCUUCAGUGACAAUCCUGGAAGCAGAGAGAUCUCUGGGAAAGGGGUCAACACAUUUCUGGAUGCUGCCAAUGCAUUUUAUGACUGCAAAGAAUUAUCCCACAGCUACGAGACACCAAGUCUGUUCUCGGGGCCUGCAGCCAUAGAACCUUCCCCUAACGAAAAUGCGUACUUGUGUCAGAGAGACUUUGACGUGCCCUCGUUCAAAGAGAAGCACGAUGGCAUCCUGCCCUGUGAAUCAGAUAAUACCCAAAGUAAGGUCCCCUCACCGCUUAAUUUUGAUUCAUCGUCAGUAUUUUUAGAAUUCCCUAUAGCUGAGUUUAAUACCAACUUAUAUGACAGUGUGGCUUCAAGCAAGGAUAAUUACAUCCCCUUUGAGUGUGCCAAUCAUCAGCUUAGCAAGAUAAUCCCCUUUGACCAGCAAUAUUCAUCUUUUCUGCCAGAAAAGGACUGGACUCUGAUGGAGGAUGUGUCUCCCAUUUUGACAGAAGAUACGGCCCAAAUUCCUAGACUGUCUGUUGAAAAACCAACAGCAAAGAGGCACUCCAGUGAAAUCAACCUCUUGUCUCUAUCCGACCAGCUUUCUGAUUACAACGUGCCUUUCAUGAGUGGUCUAUCAGAGGAUGAGUUGGAAAUUAAAAGGUUGGUCACUGAGCUUGAAAGCCAGUUGCAAGCCAACAAACUUACUCUGCAGGCAUCUGAUGAAGACCAGACUUCAGUAAAUCACAUCAGCAUGGAAGCAAAAGAAUCAACUCGUGAGCUUUUGUCUUUAAGACUGGACCAGGAACAAAAUGGCAAAGAAUUAUUUCUACUGGAGGCUGAGUAUGAGAAUGCAAAGCUUCUUUCCACAGAGCCAUUCAGCUGUGAAAAUAUAGCAAAUGAGAAAACACCCCUUCCAGCUUUGGACACCAAGUAUGGAAGUCCCAACGACCCUUGGCCGUGUGCAGGGUCAUUCAGCCUUUUACGGUCAGCCCCAGAUUUGAUUCUAGUUGGUCCUUUUAGCCCCCAAGGGCACCAAGACAAAAUUGCUGAAAAUCUGAAGGAUAUUGAAAUCUCUGCUGAAGUUGACUUUGGGGAAAUAAAAAAUGCAUCUACUAGAAUCCUGCCAGAUUCAUGCCUUGAAGAGGUAUCAAACAGCUCCAGAGCUCCAGACUAUCCUGAACAGGUUAUACAAAGUCCUGAUUCAAUCUUUCCCCAGUCUCUGGAGGACAGUGAUUUAAGUUCACAUGAGAAUUUGCCACUGAGAUCAGAUGUGUUCCCAAAGCUACUCUCAGAGGAGAAAACAUGUGAUAGCCCCACUGAGUUAGAAUCCUAUGGCCAUGAAUUUCCACAGUUAGAUCCGGAAUUUGACUUGCAAGACACUCUAGAAUCAGAUGAAAACUUGUCUUCUAGUGCACAAAGCAAAAAUCCAGAAACUCAUCCACCCGACAAGCUAGAAACUACAACUCUCUUCCAGAAUAAUGAAGAUGAGCAUCUACGUAAUAAUGAGGAGACUGGAAGUCAAACAGUUUGCCAGACUUUGAUGCUAAAUGCCAAAGCUGACAAUGGAGAAAACCCACAUUUUGAUAUGUUGACUUUUUCCAAGGAGGUGGAUGGAGAAGUUGUGUUCAAGUCCACCACCCAAGAGAAAGCAGGUAACCCUCUGCAGCAGCUGCAGUUGUUUGUGGCCAGGACAGUUAAAAACAAUGAGGAAGAGUUGGUGAGUUCAUCACUCCCAGCUCAGCAUCCUGUGGCUCACCUGCCCUCGUGUCAGAGCCUUCCUCCAGAGCCAGAAGAGGAGCUUAGGGACCAAGAGCAAAAUGAAGAAGUCGCCAGUAGCCCCGUGUUGGGGAACAAGAGAGAUACUCUGUUUAAAAAGACUGAGAAACUAGCUGAGUUUCCAAACAAACUGCUUUCAGAGCCAGAGAAAGAGACAGAGCAUUUUGAUGAAUGGGCCUCAGAUGUCUCCAAAGACUCAGCCUCAUUGAACCCAGCACAAUGUGCUAAUGUUGUCCAGCAGCAGCACUUAAAGGUUGAAUGUCUGGAAGUGAACAGCCGUGCUAUGCAAGCAGAUGGUAUCUCCCUGGAGUCCGGUGACCUCUCUCCACUCAGCAACUCAGAAGUAGCCUCAGUGCUAAGGGGGGAAAGAACGCAGCAGAGUCAAGUUACAGGACUGGCAGGAGGGGAUCAAGAAGAGAAGACCUUGGCAUUUAGAGACUGCAGAGAAUCCCCCUUAAGCCCUUGGUCAUCCGAGAAGAAAAUGCCACAAGGUGCUUUAUCAGCUGUGCUCCAAGUACAUGUUGGCUCUUGCACUUCUUGGAACUCUGGGGAUGAAGAGUUGGGGGCUGCCAAGGUCCACCAGGUGGAAGAGAGUGAAGAUCAGCUGCAACAUCUGCAACUUAACAUGUCCUUGACUCCUAUCUAUUGCCCUGAAAAUCAAACUGAGGAUGCUCAUCUCCUGCAGGGAAAUGACUUGUCUUCAGCAAAUAGCUCAGGUUCAACAGAAGGUCAUGAAUUGGAGAAGCAAGUCAGCUACUAUGCAGAAGCCUCUCAGGCUGGACUUUCUCUGGAUGUUGGCUUUGCUGAUCAGAAAAAGGUGCUAAAAACAAGAAAUGCUACAGGCUCUGACUUUGGAGGGAUUCAGUCUGAAGAGAGCACCGGUCAAGUUGCCUUCCUUGCGCAUGGCUUCCCCUCCAUUGCAGAGAAGAGUGAAGUUCCUCAGCAGAGCCCACCCGGAGAGAAGGAAUGUACAGAAGCCCUUCCAUUCUUCCCCUCCUGUGAUGCCAUUUCUCAUCUGUCCCCAGAUAUGCCUGGUGCCCUGGUUGAAGACCUCAACCAUGACCUGCUGAAACCUCAGAAGAAGGUCCCUCUGGGUUAUUCCUCAUCUCUCUGCUCCAGCAAAGUAGCGUCUUCUACUGCUAAAACAAACAGACUUUUAAAGUUGCAAAUGAGUGACUGCAAAUCUCCCAGCAAGCUUCCUCUGAAAAGCAAGAAACAUUCUGAAGAGCUCUCCAAGCAUCAACCCGAUGAAGACAAUGGCAUAUUUUCUGCCAGGGGUGAACCCAGCGGUCCUCAGGCAGUAUCCAUGCAUGAUAUCUUGCUCAACCAGCUUCCAUCAGGAAUUGAUUCUGUUGAGCUCAGAGGUGGAGUCUGUAAUGAAAAUGUGUCAUCAACAUCAAAUCUCCACGGGGCAAAGGACAUCGGAGGAGGCCUCCCGGAAGAAAGUAAAGUUCCAUGUCAAUUGGGAUAUUUCCAGAAAGAUGUUGAUGUUCAAGACGUGCCAGUUGUCCUUUUGACUAAAACAGCUGGUGACACUAGUCAGAUUCCACCAAGGGGAUCCCUAAGUGACCCACAGGAUCUAGAAACUAGAAGCAAUUUGGAGAAUGAAGACUCUGCAUUGAAUGAGAAUGUGAAAAAAUCAUCUGACUGCAUGGAAGAAUCCAUUCCUGAAGAUCAAAUCUUAAGAAAUGAUCCUAAGGCUGGACAAUCAAAAGCAAGGAAGAGGAAAGGGUUGCAGAUCACUUGCGAUAUUUGCGCCACUUCUUUUAGAUCCAAAACUGGGUUGAUGAGACACAAAGCUGUGAAACAUCAGAAGAAGGAUAGUGUUGCGUUGCCUGAUGACAAUUCAGCUCCCUUGGAAAAAGCAUUAAAGACAAGCAAAGUGUUCCCCAAGAAAAGCAUAAAGCCCUUCACCCAAGAGAAAUCUAGUAACUCAGAGCUUUCCAAAACUGUAGGCCGGUCUUUUUCUAAAACCUCUGGAAGGCAAAAGAAGGAACCAAAGGCACAGAGCCAAGAAGGUAUUAGCAAGGAACCCAAUGGCCCAAAUGCAAUUUCAUUGGACAUCACUCACGAAUUCCAGAUGACAGAUGAAAGGCAACCCAUCAGCUCACAAGCAGAGAAAUCAGAUGGGUCCGAAAUCCAGUCUAGAAAAAACACAAGUACAGAAAAACUGAUCAGAUUGGUCAGUAUCGAAAGAUCAAGGAGUUGCACAAGGCAAAAAACCAAGGAAAAACCGAGGCAAACAAAAAUGACGUCUGACAAAAAUGAGAUUGCCGUCUCUUAUCUUCGGGAGUCUGAGGUCCCUCCAGUUCAUUGUAACACCACUGGCAUCACUAAUGACCACAGUCUGACCACCGUCACAGAAGAACCUGGGAAUGGGCCAGAAGAGCAGAUCCAGGUGUGUUUGCCAUUGCUUCCUCAGCAGUCCUUGACCAACGAAUUGGAAAACACUGUUGAGAAAACGCCUUCAGCUCAAAGGACAGCUGGACCACUGCUUCCUCAGAAUGUGGGGGGCCAUAGAGAGGAAGGGGAAGAGCUGGGACAAGAGGAGCAUAGCCAGGAGAGAUGGCCAAGUGGAUCUGUGAAAGAAGGUAAGGAUGAACUGAACCAGAAGCCAUCAAAGAAGAGUUUCUCUGAAGAGAUGAACGGUACAAGUCAAAACAGCCCAUUGCUAUACCUCACAAGCCCCAAUACGUUUUCACCAUCCUGUCCUCCUGGAACUGCUUCUGAAACAGGUUCUCCUAAACCCACAUCUGAGAAAGCAUUGGACGCUCUUUGUUUUGAGACUCCAGAGCCCUGGAAGAGGGAAGAGCUGCAGCCACAGAAUGGGGAGUCUGCUGUUGAUCCUGCAGUCAAACCAGAUCUACCGAGCUUGUUUGAUGAUGACUCCACAUUUUCACAACUUUUCCCCAGAAAUGAUGAGUUUGCCCGUAGAAAAUGCACACGUGUAUAUGGGAAGCGCUCCAAAAAGCCUAAAGCUGUUUCAGAGAUAAUUGCAAAACCAGAAGGCACACCAGAUCCUUUUACGAUCCGCAUGGCUUCUGAUCUUGGUGAAAACAGCUCCUUCUGUGUUACCCGGGAAGAUCCUUGUGAAUAUGACACAAUCUCCGUUGAUGAUGCUUUGAUGCUCAACAUGUGUCAUGGGAGUAAAGCAAUGAGCAGUGAUGUUAAUUCCAGACCUACCAAAGAGACAGCCCAGCAACUGGAUACGGGGCAAAAGGAAGAAGUUAAAGAUUUGAAAAACAGCAGUGUCUUUCUGUGCAAAGAGAGUCCAAUUGGGUCUCUUCCAUGCUUUAAAAGCUGGAAUAACUUUGAGAAAGCAACAGAAAAUAAUUCUUCUGAGGGGCCAUUGCAUAACUCAUCCGUCCAGCUUCCUUAUGGGCAUUCAGGAGCAGAAGACAACCCAGAACUUCCUGACCUGAAAGAAAAGUCCUACAGCACCAAGGAAGAAACAUUAUCUGCGUUCCCUACCAUUGACAUGGAGAUGUUGAACAUGAAAUUUGAGGUGAGUGAUGUCUGUUUCUGCACCACUGGAGAAGAUCAGCUGAGUCCCACAAAGCAUGACGAAGGUACCUUAGGUUUCAAGCGAACUUCACUGUUGCAAGCCAAGCCCGUAAAACGUAAGCUAGAAGAAGGGAAGACGGGGAAAACCCGUAAUGAUUUAAAUCUCAAGAAUAAAGACAAGCAGUAUAAAUGCAAAGUCUGCUUCCAGUGGUUCCUGACUUUAGGGGAACUGGACUUUCACAAGCUCAGUCAUAAUCCCUCCCCUCCACCAACAUGCUACAUGUGUGUCCAGAGGAAAUUCAGCUCAAGGGAACAGCUGAGGGACCACUUAAAGGAGAAACAUGCCAAGAACAAGGCUGGUCUCUGGGCCUGUGGGAUGUGCCUGAAGGAAAUCUCUGAUGUCUGGAUGUACAAUGAACACUUGCGAGAACACGCCACGCAGUUUGCCCGCAAAGGCCAGGCUCAGAAGUCAGUCUUGGGCCUUGCUUUCAGUGAAGAGGAUGCUGCUGUCACUCAUUUCCUCAACUCCAUCAUUUGCAGAAAACCCAGCAAGUUUUCCAAGCAGGCUGAAGGAGGGAACGGAGCACCUGCUGGCAGCGAGAUCAAAGGUCCCAAAGAGUUUUCAGGACAAGAGACAGUGGUCCAGAAAGACUUGCCGGAGAUCCCCUUCAGAAUCCGGCCCCCCACAGCCUCCCUCAAAGUCCCAGCUGUUCCAUCUCCUGACCCAGCUCCCAAGGUCGAAGGGGCCCAGAAGUCGGUGCCCAUUCAUCCUGAGUGCAAAGACCCCUCUCGAGAUUGCCAUCACUGUGGGAAGCAGUUCCCCAAGCCCUUCAAACUCCAGCGACAUCUCGUGGUCCAUAGCCUGCAGAAGAUCUUCUUGUGCCACAAGUGUCCCAUGUUCUAUCAGGAGACCAAGGAGCUACGGAGCCACCUUAGCCAAGAGCAUGAAAUAGCUGAAGAAGCCGACAUCAAGCACACCACUCUGUAUGCCUGUGAGCUUUGUGCAGAUGUUAUGCAUGUCAUCAAGAAGUCUUUCAUAUGCAGCACUUGCAACUAUACCUUCUCCAAAAAAGAACAAUACGAUAGACACAUGGAGAAGCACCUGGUGGGCAGCAAGAAGACCUUCCGUUUUCGAGGUGUGAUGCGGCCAGGGCCCUUUGCAAAAUAUGGGGAGAAGGGCAUCAAAGAGGAGACCCGUGUAAGAGCAGAAGCUCCAGCAGUUAAAAAGAAGAAGGUGUCCCACCACAACAACUCUCCUGAACUAGCUUUGUCUGUGCACUUGGAUGGAGCCCAAGGAUCUCAAGAAGGUAGUCAGUCUCUGCUAUCUGCUGUUGAGGCUCUGUCCACAGCCACUAGCCUGGCCAUGCCCCCUUCAGCUCAGCCCCCUAAGGAAACAGAAGGCCUAAAAAGGGAUUUCUCCAGUCCCCUGGCUGAAAGGGGGACAUCUCCCCUUCAUUACCUACUCCCAUCCCUUCCUCUUGAGCCCCAAGAUGACCCAGGCAGCCCAGAACACAUUACUGCACUUUCUCCAGAAACAUGGGCACAUGCAGAGAGCCCUGGGGACAACCCAACUCUUCUCUUAAACUCACCCAAUGCACUUAGCAGUGAUCUUGCCAGUGUAUCAUCUAAGAAGACAACUGCUGCCCACAAAAAGCUGUCCCUGGCUUAUCUCUCUGAGAAGCACAACGAUGAACACAACAUUCCAGAAAAGACAAUAGUUAGCAGAAGGGUCGAACAUGAUAUAGGGACUUGGGAGAGCCCAUAUUUAGAAGAUCUUGCCAGCAAGGUGCCCACGUUUUCUCCUGGGAAUCUGGGGUCUUCAGAAUGUAAGUGGUCUCCUGAAAUACAGUGGAACAGCAAUCCUAAUCUGAAUGGAACAGCUCCUCAGGAGGCUGUGAGCAAGUUACAUUUGCCAGAAACCAGCUUCCCUGAAUUACCUCUCAAGGACAAGAUGUCAUUGUCUACCCUAAACUGGUCUGCCAAGGAGGUUCCUUCCAAGAAGGUCAUAGGUGGUCAGGCCAAUGCUGAUGACACCCCUGGCGUCCACUGCUCCCUAGAUGGUGCAGAAGCGGUUCAGAUGUGCCCACUCUCGAGAGACAAAGCUUUCCUAGAAAUGGACACCACUGCUCACUCCAAAGACACCAGCUCCAGUGUUGGCACGAAAGAGACAGAACUCAGUUUGGUCCAGCCGGUGAAUGGCCAUCUGCAAGGUGAAGGGGCAAGUACUCAGUCAAAGAACCACCAUUCUGAGCUGAACAAGUUCUCAGAAAGACCGGCUGCAAAUCGGCUGGCCAAUCCUCACCCCAAAAAACCAAAGGAACACAACAAGUCCUCCCAUCGGGGAAACCCAGCCUCCCGAGAGAACAUUGAAAGAGAUGGCAGCAAAAAACGGAAAGGCCGGGCCCAAGAUUCUGUGAAGGGUGACAGCGUCAAAAAGGCUGACUGGCCCACUACUGAGGCAUUGGCCUUUUCCCCUCGACGGAGGGACACCCAUGCCAACAAACAGGCCCAUAAACUCAAGGGGUCUGUGAUGGAUGGCCAGCUUAGAAAGUUGGGGCUUGACCAAGGCUUCCAGAAGAAGGUGGAGAUGGGCCAAGCCAAUGGAGAGUUGAGGCGCAAGGAGAUCUUGGGGAGCAAAGCCCUCUACCCCCUCUUAACCAAAGACCCCUCAGCCUCCCUGCCCAGCUCUCUAAACCGCCGCAGAGCUGUCCAAGGUGCUAAAGUCCCCACUUCCCACAGUUAUAGGACAGCUGAGUCCCAAACUCACCUCCUAAACCAACUAUUUGGGCAGAAAUUAACUAGCUUUAAAAUUCCUUUAAGAAGAGAUACUUCUGAGUAAUUUAUGAGUGACUUAUGGUGAUUCUUCGCUGCUUUCAUGGGGCUGGGGGGCAGGGGGGGAGAAAUUAUCAAAGCAUUACAUUCAUUUGUGUAGCUCUGUUUCUCAGUCUUGCUUAAAUGAACUUGCACUGCAGACUCUCAAAUAGUUUUUGCUUUGUGUCUUACUAAUCUACUUUAAUUCACCUGAUUUAUCAUGCAAAGGCUAGAACUUUGAUGUUGCCGAUGGUUCGUUCUCGCGGACUAAAAAACGGUAAUCGCUUUGGGCAGAGCGAAGUGUCAAGAGAAAAUGUUUUAUGGCAGAAGUACUGAGGUUGUAAGGGUGCCUUGCAAAUCCUGGGCCCUCUUUCUGUCGGUGUCUCUCUUAUCUUUGGAUAAAGAAUUUGAAGACGUGAACUUCAUACCAGAGACCCUUAUUCAUGAGGUGCAGCACACUGUAGAAAGCAUUGGUGUCCCCCCCCCCUUCCCUCUCUUGGAGGCUUUGCACAAAUAAUCCUGAGUGAUUUCAUUUAAUUGGGAACCAGCCUCAGACAAGAUACUUUGAAAAAUCAUUAUAAAAUAAGCAGGCCACAAUUUUGACAGACAGUCCUUCCCAAGAACAUUGUAUUGAGGGUGAAUUUGUUCAUUCCAGAGACUCUGAAAUUGCUCGUCUCUCUUAGACCACUGUGUAGAUGUUGCUGAAAUGUUGUUGUUGUUGUUUUAAAAAAAGAGUAAGGGGUGUGGGCCCUUUAACCUAGCUAAACUGCACCUUGUAGAUGUAUGACAGAGUUGAAUAUUUUUUAAAAAAAUAUUGUUUUAAUAUUUUCCAGUGAGAAAACUGUGCCAAGACCACUCCUACUCCACAUAGUAAGGCCUUCUUUGGGGAAAAAAGGGAGAGAGAUUUUUUUUAGAAAAGUAACCCCCCCCCCCUCAAACCUAAUAGUUUUUAAAGGCUUUUUGUAUCAAGCUGGUUGCUAAACUUGGUAUGGCUUUACACUAUACAGUUAAGUGGUGCUAUUUUUUAUCGUAAUGUGAAUUCUAACAGGAACACACACAAGCAUACACACACGCACACAAACAGACAAGUUAAAAGAGGAACGGAGGCCUUUAUAAACUGACACAUGGGGGAGUGUGGUUGUGAACAUUGCCUUGCAGUGCUCACAAUUCUGCAGUGUGUUUUAUAAAGGUUUAAAUCCUGAGGUUUAGUUCUCAGGGUAGAUUUGGAGGGUCUGGGUCAGUGUUUCUUGAUAUUGGAUCACUUUAUGAGGUAUGGACUUCAACUCCCAUAAUUCCCCAGCCAGCAUAGCUGGCUAGGGAAUUAUGGGAGUUGAAGUCCAUACCUCAUAAAGUUGACAAAGUCAAGAAACAAUGGUCUGGGCUGUUUUUGGAACCUCGGUGGGGGAGAAAGAGCAGAACAGUGCACUGAAGCAAUUUGGGGUUCUCCCCCAGAAUACUCUGCAUAUGUCUUGCAGACUAAAUAAUGUUUGAUUUCAAGGUCUUUUUUUUUAAGGAAUUAAAUGACUUUAUCUUGUUAAUAUCUACCUUUACAGUUCACUGUUUUUUAAAAAAGUAGUUUGAUUAUACAUUUGGGUGCAAUGCAUUAUGUUAAAAAAAAGUUUUUAUUUUGAUAUUUGUGAGAAAGCAGAGGAAAGUGAUCAUUUGGACUUUUUAUAAUGUUGGUUGGGUGCCCUUUGGACCUUUCUUUUAUUAUUGUCAAAUAAAAUAAGGGAUGUGCAUACAAGACGGUACUGUAAAACGGGGCUGAGAUUUAUGCUCUCAAAUAUAGUCCAAUAUUUUCCCAGAAA